GAUGCGAGGCUGAAGAUACAUUGCACCUGAACUAAAGAAGAUAUUUGAGAUACCAUCUCAAAAUACCACCCAUCGUAUUGACCUCAAAUCUCAUCAAAAUUGACUUAGUGAGCUGGGUUGGACAGCAAACACUCUAUCUCUAUAUCAUUUUAUCUUUAUCUGAUUAUUUAUAUCUUUACAAAUAUCUUGGCGAUCGGAUCCUCCUAAGAAUCUGAGCUGGUUUGAUUCAUGGGAGCCGAAUUAUCUUCUUUCUACCAACUAAUCGACCCUCACCAAUGCUCCACUUUACCUCAAGUUGAUGCUGCUGUUGACUUUUUACCCUCGUUUUUAGUUUACUGUUUAAUAAUAAUCUCUUAGCAAUUCGUGGUUAAUUGUCGUUUUGCACAAUCUGCACCUCUACAACAAACUCAGAAGUAAAAUAACCAUUAAAUAUUUCUAGAGUCACCACUUAAUUCAAAGCUCGCGUUGUUUGAUCAGCUUCAAAAUAUCGAUCAAUUUUGAAAGCUCUUGUUGCAACUUCACUGUAUUUACUAAUCAAUUGAAUACUGGGCUGACCUUAAACUGAAGUUAAGUUAUUUUCCAGGCCUGAAGUUAGCCUUUGUGCAAAGUAUUUACUUAACAGAAGCGUUUCAUUUUGAAGUAUCAGUUGUUUGAUGAACCAUAUGAUCUAUUUCAAAUCUGACCAUUUUGAAGUCAAAAAUACUUUGGCGUCUUAUUAACUCAGUACUGAAAUAAUAAAACUAUUUUGGGAUUUUCCAUUGAUAUAAAAUAUAAUUAUAUUUAUUCAGUUUAACUUCUUAGGAAAUUCAUUUUACUAAAUUUCAGCAGCAAAGAAGACAACUGCAGACUAUCUGUGAAAUCAAUUGAAGUAAAAAUUGAUUUCAGAAGUUAGAAGUGCGAACCGGGUUUCUUUUUCGUACGAAGUUGCUUUCUCUUGGUGUUCGGUACAGUUAUUGUUUGUAUUUGCUUGACCGCUAAUCAUCAAGUCCGAAAUUAUCGGGGCCGAAAAGAAUCUAGUAAGUCCGAAAUUUAGUAAGUCACGUGAGAAAAACCAUCAACAAAUAGCUCCGACGCGACAACCUAUCGAGAAUCUGUUUAAUCGAAGUUUCGACUAGGUGUUGGUUUUACCGUUAAAUCAAAUAUACGUUCUAACUUCACUACUCGAUCAUCACUGUACUUAAUUUAAGGGUGAUUAUUCGCGAGUUCUAUUGUCCAAUCAUAAUGCAAUUUCAAUCCAAAUCGAAUCUUAGUUAGUCCCUCAAAUUUUGAUUAUUAUUGAUUAUUUUCAUUAUUACUUUCUUCGUUAUCUUUGAGUAUUGUUGGUAUACUCAAAUUUCACGUCAAGCUGAAAAUAAGAACAAAAACUUGAGAAUACGUAGAGUGAAGUUUAAAGUUACGCCGUUUUUGUUUGCUCUUUUUUUGUUGACAAUAACUUUGCUAGUAUGGCGAAAGUUUUGUUCGAAUGUAAAUGCGGUAAUGUAUCUGUACAGUUUACGGAGUCGGCUUUGGGUCGAAAAGGGGAGGGGGUUAUUGCAGAAGAUCCCCUCUCAGAAGGAGCAGACGAUACUCUGGGAGCUGAGUGGGAGCAAAUAGAUUUGGUGUCAUUACAGCACAAGUAUCCGUCUCUCUCUAUUACCUCAAUUGGACCUCAGAACCAAACCAAAAUUAGUUCGCACUUCGCUUUCCUGACAACUACCGACUCUCACUCUCAACUCACCUUCCUUAAAAGCAAAGAUGACUCAUCUCCUGUGCGGCCACUGCCAUGUGACGUCAUCUACUGUCUGAACUGCAGGUCACCGCAGUUCAUAGUCCUGUUCGCCUCUUCGUCUCAUUCUUACAGUGCGACUGGGGCCGAUAAAAAGGCAAACACUUUACCUCACGUGUACGCCACUCAGUUCGCUGAUGAAGCUAGGUCGUGUAGUGAGGAAGAGAGAGAAUUGACUGUGGAGGAUAUUGUGGCGGAGAAGAUAGGAGAAAGAGGAGUGGGAGGGGGAGGGGGAGACAACGGGAGAGAUGAAGACGACGCGGAGCUGGAAGUGAUAAAGAAACUUCAGAGGGUGGCAGAAGUAUCACACUCCAUUGGCUCUGCUGUAAGAAGUGGUUCCAACAGUAGUGGGGUUGUGUUUGGGGUAGAUGUGUUUCCCACUGGCCUGAAGUUGGACUGGGGAAGAGUACAGGCCAGAAUGCGACAGCUGACGAAUGAAGUCAUGGCCGAGAUAGAGGAGGAGAAGCGAAUCCGAAUACAGAGACUGAUCCACAGAGAAAACAAGCGAGCGGCCGACAAGAAACGCAAAGCAGCUUCCCUUCUGUCUUCCAUAGAACAAGGCAUGUGUGAGUUGCCAAGAUGUGCGGCUAGCAGACACUCCUCGACAUCGACUGCUUCUGCAAUAGGGACAGUUGACUCUCUAUCCUCUCUGUCUCUAUCACACGGAUCUUCUCAAAUGAGGACAGCUGACAGAUCGACUUACAAUCCAAAUUCUGCUUCCUUCGGAGACUUGGAUCAAUUUGGCCUAGAAGACGACCAGCUAAGAGACAUGUCACUGGGCCGAAAGGGAAAAGGACCGACAAACAACGAAGACGAAGAAGAUGAAGGAUAUUUAGUGUCUUCGAAUGUCUCCGAAGACGAAGAAGAAGAAGCUUUUUUCACCGAGAGCAGUGGCGGAUCCUCUUCGGGCAUUGACUCGGCGAUGCAUACAACUCAGACUAGCGUGGCUUAUGGAACGGAAGGCCUAAUUCCCCAAAUGAGUCAUAACUCGUCGGGCCAGAGAGACAUCAGGGCGAGGUCGAGUACUGUGUAUAAUGACAGGACACAACAUGGCACAAAUGGGCGUUACUCGGGGGAUGAAGAGGGCGGAGGCGGACAGAUGUUGUCGCAAAGUGUUUCGCAGCCUAUUUACAUUGGAAGCCACAGUUUCAGAAGUGCCUCCUCCUCCACUAGCUUUCAUCGAGAUCAUCACAGAUCGAAUGCUGCCAACACCUCAGCUCAUGACAAUGACUUACAUUUGCGCAUGCGUGAACUGUCGCGCAGUGUGCGGGGAGAAUCGAGUGACAUCUUUGGAGACCUCCCGGAUGAUCAUCGCAAACUGGACUUCGCCCAGAUCAUGCGCAGCUACACAAACUCAUCCGAGGGAAUACUUAUGAUGCAACAGGCUCAUGAGAACGGAACUGAGUCGACCAAUGACGAGAACAAUUGAUUCGAUGCGACACAUAAAACUGACGCGAAACAAAAAUCAUUCAAAAGCAGUAGUUGAAUUAGAAUUGGAAGAUGCAGUGAUGUUUUAUUAGCUAAUUGGAUUGAAAGAAAUCUCUUUUCUAGAUUUUAGGUGAAUAGAGUACAUGAAUAAAAGCUACUGAAUUUAAAGUUUUACAAGGUUCAAA